CAUCCAAUACCUAGAUUGCUAUUUACCACUAUUACUUUACAAGUAUACCUAUGAUUACGUUGAUGAUCUUGUCAAGGAAAGGUCCAGUACCACGCAAGCUUUACUGACGGCAUAGCCCCACGGGCUAAAAGCUGUUGUUGCUGCCAUGGCUGGGGGAGGCGCCGCAAUUUUAUUGUUGUUCGCAUCCGCCCAGAGUCGAGAACAGAGGAUCGAGCAAACAUUUUGCAGAUCCAAAUCCGCCAAAGCCUAACAUCUGGCAUUCUCAGAGGCACGGCAGGAAGUUGAAGAAGGCCCGGCGCAAGAUGGGGGAUUUUACCAUCCGUAAUCUCACCGCCACCCCACUUGAGCUAAAAGUUGUGGAACGAAUUGGCGGCGAUUCACCGAAGCAAGGAGGUAUCAAGAGGAGGAUCACGGGCAUCUUCAACUCAUCUUCAGUUGCGCCCGAUGUUGAGGCUCUGUGCGACGCCAAAGAGCCUCAGGACGUCUCUGUCCCGAUCGCAUGCUUCGAGACCUGCAAAACAUCGAAGGUGAAGCCGCCAGAAAACGAACGCCAGCUGCUUCGUUUGACUUUCGAGUCUGAAGGGCAUCGUUACCAGGUCGAUGUACCGAGUCACUCGCGGCGUAGCAUGGUCCUGAAGAAGCUAGACGAUGGCCCACGUGAGUACACAGCGGUGUACAUCGUCGCCGCGGCGUGCCUUGCUAUCUUCAGCUCUGCCAACCUCGCAUCUUGGAUGCGCGAGCUGCACGAUGACUGGCCACUCGCUGCCCUCUCGAUCCCGGGCACACACAACAGCCCGACGUGCCAUGUCGCUUUGCCAUCGGUGCGUUGCCAGGCUGUGAACAUGCGGGAGCAGCUCGACAAUGGUGUGCGUUUCUUCGACGUCCGAGUACAGACCAGCCCAGAUCAUUCAGAUCUGGUGCUGGUCCAUAGCGCGUUUCCCAUCUCCUUGACGGGUAGCAAGUACUUCCACGAUAUGAUAGACGACAUAUACGCAUUCUUGGACGUCAACCGCUCCGAGACACUCAUCAUGAGCAUCAAGCGCGAGGGCACCGGCAAAGGCACCGACCAACAACUCUCAAAAUAUUUGAGAGAGCGCUACUGUAAUGAUGGCAACCGCUGGUUCACCGAGCCACGCAUACCAAAACUAGGCGAAGGCCGAGGCAAGAUUGUGCUGCUGCGACGCUACGUAAACGACGAGUCUCUGGACGGGGAGCACAAUGGAGGUGGCUUUGGUCUUGACGCCAGUGUGUGGCCAGACAACUGCGCCGAUGCCGUGACGGGCGGUCCCGGCAUCGCCCGUGUGCAAGAUUUCUAUGAGAUGGACCAGAGUCACAAUAUCGGCAAAAAGAUCGACCUGGUGCGGGCGCACUUGGAGCGUGCUGGCGAGCCCACAUGUCCUGUUCACCACGAGGACAGACCGGAGCAUAUUCCUUUCUUCGUCAACUUCCUUUCCGCCAGCAAUUUCUUUAAUGCUAACUGCUGGCCUGAGAGGAUAGCGGCCAAAGUCAACCCGGCCAUCGUCGAGCAUCUGUGUACAGCACACGCAGAGCCAGGCAAGGGACCCGAUAACUUGGGCGUAGGAGACGGGUGUACUGGCAUCGUGGUCACGGAUUGGGUUGGACAGGGCGGCGACUGGGACCUGAUACGCUGCAUCGUAGGGUGGAAUGCCAGGCUACAGCUCAAGCAAUAGAACUGCAAGAAAUCCAAACUAGAUCAUUGGAGAGAGUACUCGGACAUGGAGUUGCGGGAAAAUAAGUUAAGAAGUCGAGGGUUGGCUUAGAAGACUAUCGUUAAAGGGCCGCGUUUCAAUCUCAAGUAGACGGUAUUACAACUCGCCGUUGUUUUUGGGGCCAUGGCUGCAUAGGUCAGGCAGUAUGGGUUUUAAAGAAUAUCUUGGACAUGAUACAAUUAGAUAACUUAUUCUAGAAAGAAGAGAUACACUGCUGGAUAAUAAAGCAAAUUUUUUUA